AUGGAGUCAACAAUCUCCCCUGCGGUCCUUGAAGAGAUGGAGUUGUUCGUGGAUGACCUCUAUCGAAGAGCUUUGGCCGCAGAAGGCGUGGCUCUUGAGAAUGCAGAACUCAAAGUCGCCGAAGUUGAUGGUGCAGGUGCAGCAGCUGCUGGAGCGGCCGAGGCGCCAGCAGAGGCUGCUCCUGUUGCUGCUCCCAACGCGGGUGGCGAGGUUCCAGUUGUCCCCAAGCCUGCCGACGAUCCUCUAGCUCUCCCUCAGCCUGGUGACGACAAGUGGGCUCAGUUCACGGCCAUGAUUCUCGAUGCCGCAAAGCCUCCCCAGGAACAAGCUGCGGCUGGACAACUCCCAUCGGUUGCAGUCAGUCUCCACGACGGCUUCAACUACGAUCAAACCAAGAUCCAGUCGCAGCCCCAGCCGGUCGAUAUGACCAGCGACGCUGGAGCCAUCUACAGCUGGCAAUGCAACCAGAACAUGCUGUCUCUGGCACAGCUCUUUUCGACGAUGCUCGACAUCAAGAAUAGGGCCGCACGAAAACACCCAGAGCCGUACAAGCUCUCGGACGACAAGGACGUGUGGCAGAUCUUCGCCGACCAGGCCGACAACACGCUCCAAGCGAUGCUCGGGCCCCUGAGUGGUUUCUACAUAUUCACGACUGGUGCAAGCCAGAGCUACCACGACAACGUGGACCGUGCUAAGCUUCACACGGGCUUCCUGUCUGCCAUCUUCUCGGACUUCAGUCUUCAGGACGACGCCAAGAAAGACCUCGAGAAGGUCCUCAACAACUUCGCCCAGGCGGUCGGUGGAUUCAAGAUGGAAACCGCGGCGCACACCGAGACCAUGAACUAUACACUCAAGAUCAACACCGUGCCCACCGUGACCAUUGGCGGAAGGGCCGGACAUCCGCUCACCGUGAACGUCCCCACAACGACGAUCGUGUACAUGAAGAUCAAGGCGACCGCUUGGAAGACCGCCAUGGAGGCAUGCAGUGCGGGAGGAGGAGUUGAACACUUCGACUUCGACAUGACUUACACCAAGACCAACUGUCAGCUGAACAUGGACUGGUAUCAGAAGUCCAUCCCCAAGUUCAACAAGGUUAUGGAGUUUGUCACGGGAAAGAACCUCGCGGCCUACGGGCCCAGCCUGUCCCAGCCCGUUGAGAACAAGGCCUGA